CUCCUGCACCCACGCAUGAGAUAGCUUUGCAAAUGUGUAUUGCGACGUACGACGAUGUGUCAUUUUUUUCUGCCUGCUCAUCUGAUCUUGCAUGCUUCCACGAGAAGCUUCUCACGCGAGGAAUGGAAGCUUACUCGACAAAUCAAGCAAUAUCAAAAUGGAUGUUGAAGAGGCGCAGGAGCGCCUGCUCAACGUCUACGAUUCCUCCUCCACCAGCACGCAAGUUCUCUACAAGCUUUUACUGAAUGCUUUACGAUCCAGAGACUUCCGUUCGUUCAAAAAAUUGGUAGAGCACAACUUAAAGAAGCAACCACCUACUCUGAACAUCAAUUACGUUUACCCCGAUCGUUCCGAGGAGACGUGUCUUGACAUAGCCAGCAGAAAUGGCUUGGCGGAGUUCGUGGCGUUUUUAUUGCACAAGGGUGCGGAGCCCAACAGGGUGAACGAGGCGCAUAAUCGCGCCCCUAUCCACUUCGCCACCGAGGGCGGACACGUGGACGCAUUGGCGGCUCUGUUAGCGGAGCUGACGAUCAACCCGAAUCUCGAAGCGGGCCAGCAAACGGCUCUGCACAUCGCGGUGAGGAAGAAAAACCUAGCGUGCGCUGGUCUGCUGCUAGACAAAGGUGCCAGCGCUAGUAUACCUGACAGCAAAGGUCUGACGGCUCUUCACUUGGCGGCGAUGAGAGGCCAGCGCGAUAUGACGGAGCUAAUACUGCAGAGAUGCAGGCAAUCUCCGGACUUGGACAGUUACAGGGACUACAACGGGCAGACCACGCGUGAGGUGAUCGAGAAGAAGCUGCCGGACCUGUUGCUGCCGCCGAAGCAAGAGGAUCGGAAGAUGAACGGGCAUGAUCUCAAGUAUUACCUGAUCGCGAACGAUGAGACGAAUUUUCUGCGGAGUCUGGAGCUUAUUGAGUUGGAGAUUCUUCAUGACGUCGCCGAGGACUUACUGGAGAUGGCGGCGCAACGCAAUUUUUACGAAGCUGUGCUGGGAAUCUUGGAAAAAUGCAGGGGAGGUCUAUUUAGCGUGAAGAAGGCCGCGCAGAUGGCUGUUCAGCAGGGUCAUCGCGCUAUUCUCCGAGAACUGUUGAAUGUGAAGCCCGAGGUGGCCAAUUAUCUGAUCCUGGAUGCUUGUCUGGAGCUGGGGAUGCCGGGGAAACGAGGCAUCGAUAAUACGUCCGAUCGUCUGGAAUGCCUCAAGUUGAUCCUCGAGCAGGAAAACGUGGACGUUCGUUGCACUGACAGUAAAGGCAACACGCCGUUGCACUACGCAGCCAGGGCAGGUUGCCGCGAGGCAGUGACUUUGCUUCUCGAACGGGGCAGUUAUAUUGGCCACAUGAACAAGUUCAAUGUACCGCCUGUCGCUGAUAUUCCGGGAGGUAUCCUGUCGCGCUACUUCGACGACUGUCUCCAGACGCGAAAGGAACGGACGAACGAGUACACGCUCGAGUUCAACUAUCGCUGCCUGAUGCCACACGAUGCACCCACUGAGCACGAGAAAACUUGCCGGGUAACUCGUGAAAUGGACCUGUUCAAGUACAUGGCCUGCAAGUGUUGUCACAAACAUCUGCUCAAACAUCCGCUACUCUCGUCCUUCCUCUAUAUCAAGUGGCACCGGAUACGGUACAUCCUCUACGCAAAUUUCGCCUUUUACGUUGUCUUCUACCUCUUGUUGAAUGCCUACAUCCUCAGCAUGACCUACGACAGUCCAUCAAAUGAGAAUGGAACGCAGGUGACCAAUGAUAGUCUUGAUACGGCCUUGGGAAGUACCUUGCGGAUUGCUCGAUACCGGAAUAGUUUGCUGUGGAUGUUCACGACAAUGUUGUCGUUGCUCUUCUUUUUCCGAGAGGUUCUCCAGUUCAUUUCCAGUCCUUGGAAUUACGUGACAAACUUUGAAAACUGGCUGGAGGGCUUGCUGAUUGCUCUGACUUUCGCCCUGCUGUGUGGUGCUGGGCUUCAGGUCGGCGCCGUGGCGAUUCUGCUGUCCGCUUGGGAACUAGUGAUUCUGAUCAGCCAACAUCCGCGUAUGUCCACCGGCAUCGAGAUGUUCCGGACAGUUUCUCUUAACUUUAUGCGCUUUCUCUUCCCCUACGCGUUCCUCAUCCUUGCCUUCGCCCUGGCCUUCUACACGCUCUUCAAGGACGGCGACGACACGAGCUUCCCCGAUCCCGGUCGCUCCCUCUUCAAGACCGUCAUUAUGCUUACCGGCGAGUUCGACGCGAACGACAUCCCAUUCGUCUCGCACCCCGUUUGGAGCCGCUUCGUCUUCGUGAUGUUUGUCUUCCUCAUUGCCAUUGUGCUGUUCAAUUUGCUCAAUGGCUUGGCAGUUAGCGACACUGCCGACAUCCUGUGCAAGGCCGAGCUGGUCGGGCUCAUCUCCCGGAUACGUCUGAUCUCCUACAUGGAAGACGUAGCGAUUGGCGAGCCGUUUAAGCGUUGGUCUUGCUGUGGUAGCUCGCGUUUAUUCCGCUGGAAUCCAUUCGGCUUCCUCACCAGGAGGAUCCUUUUGUUUCCACGCUAUCUGAGAGAUGGCAAGAUCAGCAUCAAGCCAAACGAUUGCUUGGACACUUACGGCGAUUGCAGGAAUUAUGAAAAAUAUGUUCGCGGCGAGUCCGUAAAUCGCGAUAAACAUUGGACCACCCUGAGGAUGGACCCUAACAUAAUUAAAGAAGCUAAGCAAAUUAUUUACAAUAACGACAAAUUGUCUGAUAACGAAAAGAUAAUAAUCGCGUUGAACAAUCUGCAGGAAAAGCUGGCGGCGAUGGAAGUCACUUUGAAUACUGUAAAGCUCGCUUUUCAGAAUAAUAAUGUUAAUAAUACAUUGGAAUCUGUGAGGGAAAGAUAAAAUUAAUGAAAUGAGAAAAAUUAGAAUUAUGGAGAUUGAAGAUGCCUGUUCUUUGGGUAUAUUACUUUGGAUAUGCUCCAAAACUUAGUUUUAUAAAAUACUUUUGAUAAAAACGUACUUUUUAUAAGCAGUCUAUUGUAUGAAAUUUAAUUUUAUAAAGUAAACCAAUGUUGAACAAUAUGUGGUAUUUGUGCUAAAUAUAUGUUACAUUUUAUUAUUCUAA